AUGAUUGACUGCUUGGUCAAAGUACCAACCACCACCAUGUUUGGCCGAAAAGGAAGUUCUGAUAUAGAGGAGCUUUUGUUCUGCUUCGGCAUGCACUCUCCUGGAAGAUUGAUGUACCAUGACGCAGAACAUUUGCCGCAUGUGGUAGACGAAUGGCUGGCGGUCUGUGAGAAUCUCCGCGAGAAAUGGAUCUCCAUGCUAAGGGUGGCAGCUGUCCAAAACCGUAGCCACUUUGGCCAAAAGGCGGCUCAGAUUGUCAAAUGUAUCCAUACGCGCAUGUUGUCCUUGUGCUUGCUUUGCUUCGCUUUCCGACAAGCUGCGAGUGUGGAUGUCGCAGUUGGCAGUGACGGAGAAGUGCGUGGACUCGUGCGGGUGCAGUCGCGAAAGGAUUCCCAGAUGGAUGGGAAGCUCCAUCUAGAAGAGGACCCUGAUGGAUUCUCUUCAGCGGAGGAGAUUCCAAUGACCGCUGAUACUUGGCCUGACGGCACAUGGAACAAAGCGGAUGAGCAUUGCCGUGCCAAGGGAAAGCAGCUCUGCGACUACAAAAAGGUGUGCCCGAAGGGGCGAUCUCAUGCACCAGCGAUCCCAGGGGGCCAAAAGAAGUACGAGAUGUGGACUCCUGUUCGAAACGCAGAAGAUUCCAACAAUCCAGUGGAGUGGGUGCAGGUUGGAACGAGGGAGAAGGGCGACCUUUGCUGCCUCAUCUCCAGUGACUGCCAUGGGCAAGUGAAGAACUUCCAAGGCUGGGGAAAGGUGAAGAGCUUCAACGGCUUCAUCUACUGCUGUGAGAAUGAUUUGCCGGUAAACUUGCAAGAGCUGAAGCUGACCAAUCAGCACUGGAAUGGAUCAUGGUCUGAGGCGGCCCUGCUUUGCGACUCGAAGGGCAUGCAGCUGGCGGAUUGGGCGGAGCUGUGCCCCAAAGGCAAGGGUAAGAACUCUGUCGUGCCACAGUUGGGAAAGGACAUGUGGACGCCGGUGGUGAAUUCGGGUGAUGUCAACAACAGCAUCCAAUGGGUGCAGGUGGGUCUUCGCUUGGAGGGCGACAUUUGCAAGCUGAUCAGCGACGUCCCAGGGCACACAGAGAACUUCAAGGGCUGGGGUGAGCUGAGGCCUUACACCGUGCUGGAGACUGAGAUGAUUGGGAGCGUGGAAGUUGCUUCUGUGGAGUUCUAUGAGGACGGUGCCAAGGCGGAAGUCAAAGCCAGGGCAGACCAAGUCUGCAUGGGGGGCCAGCACAGCCGUCGCAGCCGGCACAGCACCAUCCUCAGGCGACUCUGCCUUUUGGUGUCGGCAGCUAGCUCGACACCCUGCUGCGAGGAGAUGGGCAGCCUUGUCCACUGCGCCAAUGCGACAUCUCCUCCACUGGCGCCAGGAGCAGCAAGCUCGAGCAAGACGAGAGUCUUGGUGAUGCAGUUGGCAACCAGCAAUUUGUGGGAUUCCUUCUGCCAGUACACCGCAGUAGUAAAUGCACGGUGGGCAAAGCGCUUGGACCACAGGUACGUCCUCACGGCCGGUGAAUACCUUCGCAGCUCCGAUCUGUGGCGCGGUGGCAACGUCCGGGCGGUGUUGGAGGUCAUGAAGGAAGCGAGCGAGGAGGCCAGCAGGUGGACUGGAUUUUUUCACCUUGACUGUGAUGCUGCUUUGGUGGAUUUCUCCGGAGAGGAUGCUUUGCUGGAGACCAUCCAACGCUAUGGUGAGAAGGUCGAGGUGAUUUUGAGCCGCGAUGAGUCGGGCUUCGCUGGCACGUCCAGGUUGAGCAACAUGGGAACCGGUCUGUGGCGCCGGAGCCAGUGGACCUUGAGGCUGUUGGAGACCUGGUGGCAGGCGCUUGAUCAAGACUCGAGCCGGAAUGAGCAAGAGGUCUUGGAAGACCUACUCACGACCAAUGCUCAUGGAUGCCUUGACCGGCUCAUUCUGCUUCCUGCAGGCUUUCUCAACAGUGAGUCUAGCAAUCCCAUUGCUGCGCCUGCGUCAAGGCAGCCAGUGUUUCACUUGGCAGGGAUGCCACAUGGAGUGCGCACUGCGGUCUUUAAAAGCCUCUGGGCUGAGCAGUGCGAGCCCAAAGGAGAGACAGAGAGCGAUCCCUGGCGGAUGCGCCGAGUGCUGGUGAAGUCUUUGGCAGACUUUGCCUUGUCCUUGCCAGAUGUUCCCGUGGAACAUCAGGACGGUGGGAACUGCCGACAGACCGAGUCUUAA